UUUAAGUCUGCGACAGAGAAAGUAAAAGAGAAUCAAAUACGACAGGAGAUGGAAAUUGUUAAGAAAUCAAUAGAAGAGGCGAAAUCGACCCCAACGGAGAUCGAAGCAAGCAGCGCAGCGGCGGUGUUCGAAUUCGCUAAGAACAUUUCCUCCGCCUCAGAUCUUUUAGCAUUAGUUCAAGCUUCAAUACAAUCCAGUCAAGCCGCUAGCACAGCGCCUAUCGUGCAAACGAUGGACCCGACGCCCAUCACUUCUGUACAACCAAGAUCUUUUGGUGACCCGCAGGAUCAAAUGGAAAGGAAACCAUAUAACCAUUUGGAUGAUCUUGGUACUCAAAAUCGAAUACCAACUUUGGGGGGAAAUACAGGUUCCUUAGGAGGAAAUCAAGGUUCCUUAGGAGGAAAUCAAGGUUCUUUAGGAGGAAAUCAAGGUUCCUUAGGAGGAAAUCAAAGUUUCGAUAGUUCGAAUAAUUCAUGGCAAACAAAUUCCUUUUUCGAUGUUGGCGUCAACCAACAACAGAGUAGUAACUUUAAUCCUUAUCAAAUGCAACCCAUGCCACUGGGCAAUUUUAACAUUCCUCCUCUAGUGUCACAAAAUGAUUUUAAUUCAGGUCCAAAUAGAGAUAUGCAAUAUAAUCAACCGCAAAUGCCUCAGAGCAACUUUAACGCUCCUGGCAAUUUUAAUAAUUCAUAUCAACCACCAUCGGGUAAUCAAUUUAGUCAAGCUUCUAGAGGGAAUUUUAUGAAUGGAAGACCACAGGAUAAUCAUCAAAACAGACAUAAUAAUCCUAAUCAGCAGCAGUUCGGAAAUAGGCAGUUUGGAAACUAUGAGCAGAAUAAUUACAGAGGUCGAGGAAGAGGUUACGGAGGAUCCCAAAGAGGUCGGGGUAGGGGUUACUAUUAGUAUUAACUUAGGAUUAUAAGUAUGUUGUAAAACUUGUCUCAAAAACCAUAAUGGUUUAUGAAUAAUGAUUGUUUUAAAUAAAGGUAUUUAAUUAUUGUA